AUGUUGACAUACAGUGAAAACACACAGGUAAACAGGCGAAGAAUCAUGACUGGACCUCUUAGCCUAAUAGAUGCGAGGUAUCCUCAUGGAUACGGGAUUCUGUCUACUUUAUCUGGUUAUGCACAUUUAGGUGGACCGUUUGCAUCUCUUGGACUUCAUUCAGCUGGGAAUCAGUAUCAUUUUGAUUAUAAUGGACAUUCAAAUUCACGUGUUAAUUUCUCUAUGGAUGGCAUGCUGUCACCUUCCUCAACUUCUCCUAGACAUAAUACGUUAUCUGGAUCAUCUGAAAAAAACGUCUUAAAAUCUCCAGAAAAGCAUGACGAGGAUCGAGAAAGUCCAUCAGCAAAACGGCGCCGUACAAGAACUAAUUUUACCGGAUGGCAACUCGAAGAACUUGAACGAGCAUUUCAAGACAGUCACUACCCCGACGUGUUCAUGAGAGAAGCUUUAGCGUUACGCUUGGAUCUAGUUGAAUCUAGAGUGCAGGUUUGGUUCCAAAACAGACGAGCGAAAUGGCGCAAGAAAGAGAAUACCAAAAAAGGUCCAGGACGCCCUGCACACAAUGCUCAGCCGCAAACAGCCAGUGGUGCGCCAAUGGAUCCAGAUGAAAUCAAGAAAAGAGAACAAGAACGAAUGGAUAAAAAGAGGAAGAAACAGGAAGAACGUCUCAGAAAGCUCGAAGAAAAACGUAAAUCCCUUCAAGAAAACAAAGGAGUUACGAAUAUGAUGUUACAUUCUGGUUCAGAAACUAGUCCCUCUGAGAAUGAGAGCUGCUGUGAAAACGACAAUAGGUUAGCAUCACCGGCUUCUGAGAAUCGUAAUAAUGAACUACCUUGCAUUGAAAAUCCCGAUGAAGAAUCGGGAGAUCGGAAGUGUUCGUUUAGUAUUGACAGUUUGUUAGAAACACCUAAAGUCCCACGUGGUCGUCGUCCCAACUCAAAGUAUCCUCGUGUACAAGCAAGUAAAUCUGUGAACGCUCUCGGACUUGGCAUGAUGCCACUUUAUCCAAUCACACAACCUGUUGGUUUUAUAGUAGAACAACGACCUCACGCAUCGGACGAUGACGAAGAUUGUUCGGACAUUUCCGUGUAUAGCCCCGGAUGUGCUAGUGUGUGUGUAAAUAAUGAAGAAAAUAAAAACGACGUUGACGUCGAUGAUAGCCAUAGUGCUAACGAGAUUGACGCUUCAAGGUAUCAUGGUGAUGAUAGAAGUCAUUAUGGCGACGAUGAAGAAUCGGACGAUAACAUAUCAGUGCACUCUCAUCAUAGCCACUGA